AUGGAGUUACACCCACUUCUUGUCAAAAUCAUUGACACACCUCAGUUCCAAAGGUUGCGAGACAUCAAGCAGCUUGGGGGAUGCUACCGUGUUUACCCUGGGGCAUCCCACAACCGCUUUGAACACUCCAUUGGGGUGGCGUACUUGGCAGGAGAGCUUGCGAAAUCUCUGCGCUCAAGGCAGCGCGAACUUAAGAUCGAUGACAGAGAUAUCCUGUGUUUGCAGAUUGCAGAAGAAUGA